AUGUUGAGAUCUGCUACCCGUUCCAUCAACUUGAUUUCUCGUUCUAUUCCCAAGAGAACUUUCACUCAAUCAGCCAUUGCUCGUAAUGCUGCUGGUCUUCCUACCUCUCUCCAAGCCUUCACCGAAGAAGAGUUGAUGCUCAAGGAUGCUGUCUCCAGAUUCGCCCAAGAGGUUGUUAAGCCCAAGGUGUCUGAAAUGGACGAAACUGAGAAGCUCGAUGCCACUGUCUUGAAGGGCCUUUUUGACCAAGGUCUUAUGGGUAUUGAGACUGAUGCUGACUAUGAUGGUGCCAACUGCUCGUUCACCUCUGCCAUCAUCACUAUUGAAGAACUCGCCAAGGUGGAUCCCUCCAUCAGUGUUAUCUGUGAUGUUCAAAACACUUUGGUUGGUACUCUUGUUCGCAAGUAUGGUAAUGCCGAUGUCAAGAAGCGAUUCCUCCCCAAGUUGGCCACCGAAUCUGUUGGUUGUUUCUGUUUAUCUGAAGCAGGCUCUGGUUCUGAUGCUUUUGCUCUUCAAACUCGUGCUGUUGAAAAGGACGAUCAUUAUGUUAUCAGCGGUUCCAAGAUGUGGAUCACCAACUCUGGCGAAGCUGAUAUUUUCUUGGUCUUUGCCAACGUAGAUCCCUCCAAGGGUUAUAAGGGUAUUACCUGCUUUAUUGUUGAGAAGGAGAUGGGUGUUCAAGUCGCCAAGAAGGAGAGCAAGUUGGGUAUCCGUGCUUCAUCCACAUGUGUCCUGAACUUUGACGAGAUUGUCGUCCCCAAGGAGAACAUUCUCGGUGAAGUCGGUAAGGGUUACAAGUACGCUAUUGAAAUCUUGAACGAAGGCCGUAUCGGUAUUGCUGCUCAAAUGAUUGGUACUGCUCAAGGUGCCUUUGACAUUGCCUUGCCUUAUCUCUUCCAAAGAAAGCAAUUUGGUCAAUUCAUUGGUGAUUUCCAAGCCAUGCAACAUCAAUAUGCACAAAUUGCCACUGAAAUCGAAGCUGCCAGACUCUUGACUUACAAUGCUGCUCGUAUGAAGGAAGAAGGCAAGAGCUUCAUUAAGGAAGCUGCCAUGGCUAAAUUAUACGCAUCCCAAGUGGCUGAACAUGCUGCCUCCAAAGCUAUUGAAUGGUGUGGUGGCGUUGGUUUCACUCGUGAAUUGGGUGUUGAAAAGUUCUACAGAGACGCCAAGAUUGGUGCCAUUUACGAAGGUACUAGCAACAUCCAACUUCAAACGAUUGCCAAGUUGGUUUCCUCUGCAUACAAAUAG